AUGACCUCCCCUGCCCUUGUAGCAGGCUCAAGACUACCCCAAGCUGCUGUGGCUCCUGGCCUGGGGCCCAGUGGUCCCCUGGGGCCAUUGCCCUCAGUAUUGCCAUUCUUCUCCCCACAGCCCUCAGCAGCACUGCCCCUGUCUCCCUCCCCAUCAGCCAUAUCUUUGUCACUGUCACCUUCCCUGUCACCACCACCACCAUCCCCAGUCCUGGCCCAGUUUCCUCCCUCACCACCAGAGCCAGAAGUCCUCCUCCGCGCUUGGAGUCUGCGCCAGUGCCUUCGACCCCAGAUUCUCCCCUCACACCUGCCCUGCUACCCGCAACAGUUCCACAGCCAGCCACUCCUCAAGGGACAGUUCGGCCUGGGCCAGGCUGUCUCUUUGCAGGACUCAACAUCCUCCGCCCCAGAACCCAGUUACAUAACCCACUACGUGACCUUCAAGAUCUCCAAUGAAGCCUUCUCGGCUUCACAGUGGAACCCUGUGGCCCUGGAGCACCGGCUGCUGAACGAGCACGUCCACCAUGAGCUGCAGUUCAUCUACCACAGGGCCUUCCCCAGCUUCCAGGACGCCUGUAUCCUGGAGUUCAGGCCUGGCUCUGGAGCUGUAAAGGCCUCCCUUGUGUUCGGGGGCAGGGCUCUGGGCCCCUCUGCCCGGGAAGUCCUCUGGAUUUUGUACCGCCAAGUGAAGGCCUCCAGGGGCAUGCUGGGGCACCUGUUCCUGGAUGAGAGCAGCCUUGCUGCUUCCGGGUCCCCCCUCACCGACUUAGCUCUGGAGACCAUCUGCAUCAGUUUCACGGCCAUGAAGCCCUUCCUGCCCGAGCUCAUCCUGCCUGGUUCUGCUCCCUUUGUCCUGCUGGAAGACCAGAUCCUCCACCUGGUCACCCCUGUGGUGUCGAGAUUCUACAAGGAGCAUCCCCAGGAAGGCCCCCUGCUCCUUUUCAGUAACGCAGACCAAUGGGUGAGAGUGUCCAUGGAGUACAAGUUCCAGAACUCUAUCCCCACCCACCUCAGAGGCCUGGCCAAUCACCUGGCUCACAGCAUCAUGGAUCCCAUCCUCCAGAAAUCCAGCAUUGUGGCCAAUGGGGAGAAGGCAGAGCUGGUGCUGUAUGAGAUGUGGCUGCAGAUCCUAGGCCAACCCUUCACCAAGGCCUUGAAGGACAAAACCAGCCCUGAGGCCCAGAAGCUUCGGCAGCAGCUAACGAGAUGGCUGACCAGGGGGCUCAGGUCUCUGCAGAACUUUGGCCAAGUGGUGGUGGAGGAGUUCCAGCCAGAACCACUGACUGCCAAAGUAGGUGCCAUCUUCUUUGGGGCCACACCAGCCCAGACCCUCAUUCAGGACAGCGUGCAUCAGGCCCUGUACAUCCUGCAGAAAGAUGAGGGCCUCCGGGUAGAGAUGGUCACCCUAGCCCUCGGCACCCGCAGCUCCGGAGCCUCCUGUCAGCCUGGCACCCCCAGCUCCACGCUCCUCAUCCUGAACCUCCUGCUUGUCACACUCAUCCUUUUCCUGCCCCAGGUGUUGAAGUAG